AUGUAUGGAAAUCCUAGAAGAGCCAAUGAAAAAAGUGAAAUUCCCGCUGUGCAAAUACGCAAAUACGACGGAUCAACUGAUCCCGAAGUCCAUUGCACCAUGUUCGAACAUCAUAUGAUGUUAUACACCGAUUCUGACGCCAUGUGGUGCAAAGUAUUCCUUUCCACGCUCCUGGGGGUAGCGUCCGGUUGGUACAAAUGGCUGCCGAAGGGAUCUGUGUACAACUACCGACAGUUAGAGGCAGAGUUCAUGCUCCGAUUCAUCAGUCGGCAACAAAGAAAGAAAACAUCCGGGGAGCUAAUGGCGAUCACACAGAAAAAUGGAGAAUCACUAAGGGACUACCUCACCCGAUUCAAUAACGAGUCAACAAGCAUACCCAAUUUACAACAAGAGAUAGCUGUCGUGGCCCUAAUGAGGGGAAUGAACAACUGCAAAUUCAAGAAAUACCUGGGAAGGAAAUCGUUCACAGACUUAGGCAGUGCGUUGGUAAAUUUAAAGGCCCAUGAAUACAUCAAAAGCGACGGUGCCAUCAAAAAACAAUGCUCAAAGACCUGCCCAACCAAACCAACAACCACAACAUGGAGGGUACAGGAGAGACAGUCAGAGGAAAGAAUACCAGGGAAAAGGGUAUCAAAAGCAGACAAGCCAAGCUAUCCGGUGUUCCAUGAAUACACCCCCCUGAAUGCCCCAAGAGCUACCAUCUAUAACGUCAACAAGAAUGAAAACUGGAAGAGGCCACCCCCAAUGAGUAACAAACCCAGGCCAUAG